AUGUCUUACCAGCAGCCAUACCCUCCUCAGCCUGCUUAUGGAGGAGCUCCUCCGCCACCACCUCAGGAUUACUAUCCUCCUCCUCAGGGUUACGCACCCCCGCCCAUGGCCUACCAGCAACCUCAGCAACCACCGCCGCAAUCCAACGAUAGAGGGUGCUUGGAAACUUGCCUUGCCACAAUGUGCUGUCUCUGCUUGUGCGAGGCAUGCUGUGAUCUACUCUGA